CAGGUAGAUGACCUCACGAGGCAACUGCUCGACAUCAGCGGCAUUAUGCGUACAGUUUCUAUCGAAUGUCGCUAAUCUCAUGAUGGACAACGCCCUCAAUGGCGUCGGUCAGGAUACGUACGCUGUUCCGGCAGUCGUGAUGCCCGUCGUUAGCACUUGGUCCAGCGCACCAGCAACAGCAUCAGCACCUUCAAUUCCUACAAGAUUUAGUUCCUACAGUGAAGCUGGAACCAAUGUCAAAGGAUUAAACUCGCCAACGUUACAUCCAGGCUCUUACGAACCUUAUCUUGCUCCGAACACUUACCGGUUGUAUACGAUGCGUUUCUGCCCGUAUGCUGAGCGCAUGGUCAUUUAUGUUGCAAAGAAGAACAUCCCUAUCGAGAUCGUAAAUGUUAACCCCGAUAAAGGGCCGAGCUGGUAUUUGGCGAAAUCUCCUCUGGGCAGCGUUCCAGCUUUGGAAAUCAAUGGAAACGUAAUUUGGGAAUCAAAAGUGCUGGCUGAAUAUCUGGAUGAGGUAUUUCCUCUAAGCUCAGUGCUUCCGCGUGAUCCAUUUGAGAAAGCAAAACAGAAAGUUCUUGCCGAACGAUUGUCACCGAUGAUGAACGUCCUUUUCGAUCUGUUCAGCUCAACUACACCCGCUGCACAGCGAAAAACCGACGAAAAGUUGCACUCGGUACUACGUGGUGCUGAAGCGCUUCUUACGGAUAGUUUCUAUGGGGGUCGACAACCAGGGUUUCCAGACUAUAUGCUGUGGCCUUUUCUCGAACGACUCGAGCUAAUCACUUUGAAUCCAUAUACGCAAUUCAGGUAUUUCCCUGGUUUGCACUAUCCGAAAAUGGGCGCAUAUAUUGCCCGGAUGCAGAGUCAACCGGAGAUUCGAUUUGCCAUGAGACCGCUAUCGCAUCACAAGGCUUAUGUAGACAGUUUCAACGCCGGCAAUCCGAACUACGAUUACGGUAUCUACGGUACUCAAUAGGAAGACCUCUGCUCGCUGAUAGCACACCUCUUUAUAUGCCAUAUUUGUUAUGAACAAAUGUGUGACAAGCCAUUAGUAAGCUAUGAUUUGUUGUCUGUAUAUAUAAGCUUUUUCGUGCAUUGUAUUUUUUUAACAAAUUUUGAAUCUCGUUUAACACCCGGUUUCGCCUACAGUUUGACGCAAUACUGUAAUACCAUAUGACAAUUUGUUUAACUUUUUGCGUGUUCAAGAAGGAAAAACAAUAUUUCAACGUCACAAAUGCAGACUUCGUGCUUGCGCCUUUAUUUUAUCUGAUCGUUGUCUUAAAUUUACCAAUUACGUGUUGAAU